GAAGCGCGGGAAAUGCAGCCGGGGCGAUCGAUCACGCCAGCCGCGACAUCGCGAAUCCGGCCGCAUUCGCUAGGUCCGGAAAUAUUCCUCGCGGAUUGGAGCUCGAGGCACUGGCGAAUAUGGCCGUCCGGGUGGAGCUCGCAGAUGGGGCGAAGCUCCAACGCUCUUCCCGCAAAGCUUCCGCCAGGCAUUGAGAUGGCUAUCGAUGCCACAGGAACUCCACUUUUUGGAGAUUGUUGUUUUUCUGAAUCCAAUACGUUACUGCUCGCGUCGCCAAGAUAUUGUUCAUCUUGUGUGGCUGCUAGCUCGAUGCUUGUCUCAGUGGACGUCUACGCUCUCCAAAGGUACAUGGCGCGAACAUCCUCACUGUUGUGGAUAAGCCACUCAAGGGCGUCACGCCACUGGAGAUCCAUCUCCUGUUGCUUAACUUUUUUCGUUCUCUAUGCCAAGGUGAGCUGGAUCAUCAUCAAUCCUACACGUUUGUGGAGCUUCCAUCCCCGCCGCCACGAAAAACUUCUUCCAGCCGACAUAGAGGCCUUCGGUGUAGAUGGCAAUGAGUCGGCCGGGAUCUCGGGUCUCUGAAGACGAUGCGUGCUGCCCCUCCUCCUGAAAGCAGCUGCGGUACAAGCCAUAGUCAACAAUGUCUUCACUGUCCACCAGGUACGCAUUGUUGGGGGCCAGCUGAGGUGUGAUGCUGGAGAGGAGAUAGGUGAGCAGGAGCCUUCCGACCCGUCCGUUUCCGUCUCGAAACGGAUGAAUAAGCUCGAAGUUGAGGAAGAAAUCGACUGCCAGGUGCAAGAGCUUAGCAGUAAAGGUUGCAAGAUCUUCUUGCUCGGUGCAGAAGACGUCGUCCAGCUUG